ACAAACUGCUGUUAUAUACUUCUAGGGUUUGUUAGUGCUGCCAGGUACGCUGUAUAAGUGAAACGACACCGUUUUCUUCCCCGGUUGGACUUUUAAAAGUCGUUUUUAAAAUUUUUUUAAAAACAAUUUUGAUAUUAAAGCCGAGAAAAUGCAGUGCCCCACCUCGCCCUUCAUCUCCAACCUCCCAAUUUCUCGACCGGAGAAUCGGCAAAUACGCCGUCGUUUUAGCCCCACGGCAUCCCUCAACCAAGCUCCGCAACCUCCCGACCCUUCUUCCCUCCUCUCCUCCAUCACCAAACUCCUCUGGGGCCCAUCACUUCCACCGGGCCUACUCAUCUCCACGGUCCGUACGGCAUGGCACUCCACGUGGCGUCUCAUGAUGUCCCAGCUUGCUCCCUCCGAUCCCUCCGGUGGUUACUCCAGACCCGCUUCCAGAUUCCGAGCCAACCAAUUCUCCUGCCAAAACUCAACCAGUCUUCACCUCUAUGUGGGCUUGCCAUGCCCCUGGGCUCACCGCAGCCUCAUCGUUCGGGCACUCAAGGGCCUUGAAGAAGCCGUGCCCGUCUCGAUUGCCACCCCAGGCACGGACGGUUCGUGGGAAUUCAAGGAUAUCCGAAGCCCAGAUAGGGAUGGGGAUACCCUUGUCCCGGGUCGGGACAACGUGAACGGAUGUAGAACUCUGAAGGAAGUUUACAAGCUAAGGAAAGGAGGCUAUGAUGGACGGUCCACGGUGCCAAUGCUGUGGGACGUGGAAGCGAAAGAGGUCGUUUGCAAUGAGAGCUACGACAUUAUCGAAUUGUUCAAUUCGGGUCUAAACGGUUUGGCGCGAAACCCGACCCUGGACCUUUCACCGCCAUCGUUGAAGGGAAAGAUUGAGGAAUGGAAUCGGAUAAUCUACCCGAACAUAAACAACGGGGUAUAUAGAUGUGGAUUCGCUCAGAGCCAAGAGGCAUACGACGUAGCAGUGAAAGAGUUGUUCGAUACGUUGGACAUGUUAGAAGUCCAUUUAGGGAGGUGUCGUUUCUUAUGCGGAGACAAAUUGACACUAGCAGAUGUAUGUCUGUUUACGACAUUGAUUCGGUUUGAUGUUGUGUAUAAUGGUUUGUUCAAAUGCACCAAGAAGAAGCUGCUCGAAUACCCAAAUCUCCAUGCUUAUAUGCGAGACAUAUAUCAGAUUCCAAAGAUAGCUAAAACUUGCAAUUUCACUGCAAUUAUGGAUGGCUACUACAAAAUACUAUUUCCGCUGAAUCCCGGUAGCAUUCGACCCGCCAUGCCCUCAGCCUCUGAACAUGAAGUCCUCUCUAGGGCUCAUGACAGGGAUUCACCAUCAUCCAUGGGUAAAGGUGCAGAGAUUUUUGUGUAAAUAGAGUCUGCCUACAAUAGCUCCACUUAUAUAUUCAAUGUAACUCAUAUAUAUUGAAUACUAGCUUGAGCACCAUAAACGAUCUUGCCUUUCGAUAA